CUGGUUACAUGUCUCUACCUUUGACCCAUGCUCCCAGUGGCACGUGCCACAGAAACAGAUUAAAGACACACCUCCAUCUGACGGAUCCACAGACCCAGGUGCUUGAAGACAGGUAGAGACAGGGACAGACCUACCGCUUCCAUAUUACUCUCUCGGCCGACUGAAAGGAUGUCAGGAGAUUACUUUGGAUUUUCCUACAUCAGGAAAGCACCCAGAAAUGGCACUAAUACGGUGCUUAACAACCCAGCAGAUAUUUCUGUCAUUGUGAUUUAUUUUGUGGUUGUGCUGGCCGUUGGGGUCUGGGCUAUGGUACGGACCAACCGGGCCACAGUGGGUGGUUUCUUCUUGGCUGGGAGGAGUAUGGUGUGGUGGCCGAUUGGAGCAUCCCUCUUUGCCAGUAAUAUAGGCAGUGGUCACUUUGUGGGAAUCGCAGGCACAGGUGCAGCAGCAGGUAUAGCGAUUGGUGGAUUUGAAUGGAAUGCUCUUAUCGUCGUGGUCAUUCUGGGAUGGCUGUUUGUACCCAUCUACAUUAAAGCUGGGAUUGUGACAAUGCCUGAGUAUCUGAAGAAAAGAUUUGGAGGCCAGCGUAUCCGCAUCUAUCUGUCUGUGCUGUCUCUCUGCCUGUAUGUGUUCACCAAGAUCUCAGCAGACAUGUUCUCUGGAGCAAUAUUUAUCAACCAGGCUCUAGGUCUGAAUAUCUACGUAGCUGUUAUUGCGCUGCUUGCAAUUACUGCGUUAUACACAGUCACAGGUGGAUUGGCUGCUGUGAUCUACACAGACACCUUACAGACAAUCAUCAUGAUAGUUGGAUCAUUUAUACUCAUGGGAUUUGCCUUUAAUGAAGUGGGAGGUUAUGAGCAGUUCCAGGAGCGCUACAUGACAGCAGUGCCCUCCAUCACCACUAACAUCAGUGAGAAAUGCUAUGAGCCUCGUGCAGAUUCUUUCCAUAUUUUCAGAGAUGCCAUCAAAGGUGACCUGCCUUGGCCCGGCCUGGUAUUUGGACUCACUAUUCAGGCCACCUGGUAUUGGUGCACAGAUCAGGUUAUUGUGCAGCGUUGCCUUUCUGCCAAAAGCUUGUCCCAUGUUAAAGGAGGCUGUAUCCUGUGUGGUUAUCUGAAGCUGCUACCCAUGUUUCUUAUGGUGUUCCCUGGCAUGAUCAGCAGGAUCCUUUAUCCAGAUGUCAUUGCAUGUGUUGAUCCAACAGAAUGUACAAAAUAUUGUGGGGCCAGUGUGGGAUGCACGAACAUUGCAUAUCCUAAACUAGUGGUGGACCUGAUGCCUAAUGGUUUGCGUGGUCUGAUGUUGUCUGUCAUGCUGGCCUCCCUCAUGAGCUCACUCACCUCCAUCUUCAACAGCGCCAGUACUCUCUUUACCAUGGAUAUUUACACCAAGAUACGCCGCUCGGCCAGUGAGAGGGAGCUCAUGAUUGCUGGCAGAGUUUUCAUUUUGGGUCUGAUUGGUGUGAGUAUUGCCUGGAUCCCAGUGGUGCAGAAUGCUCAGAGUGGCCAGCUCUUUGACUACAUUCAGUCUAUCACCAGCUACCUGACUCCUCCAGUGGCAGCUGUCUUCAUGCUGGCCAUCUUCUGCAAACGUGUCAACGAGCCUGGUGCCUUCUAUGGUCUGACAAUCGGCCUGGCCAUUGGUCUGUCUCGAAUGAUUGCAGAGUUUGUCUAUGGGACGGGCAGCUGUGCAAACCCCAGUAACUGCCCCACCAUCAUCUGUGGGGUCCACUAUCUGUACUUUGGCAUCAUUUUGUUCACAACAUCUUGCAUCCUCAUUUUGGGAAUAUCUCUUAUGACCAAACCCAUCGACGACAAGCAUUUGUAUCGUCUCUGCUGGAGUCUGCGGAACAACACAGAGGAGAGGAUUGACAUUGAAGAUGACGACUGGGUUGACAAUCGAGAUGACAAGAAUGGAAUGGAAAUAAAGGACAACAAAUAUGAAGAGGAAAAGCCUGGUUUGUGCAAGAGGGCCAUAUUGUGUUUCUGUGGCCUGGAACAGCAGACGGAGACUGUCAAACUCAGCCCAGAGGAGGAGGAGGAGAUGAAGAGGAAACUCACAGACACCUCCGAAGUACCACUAUGGAGGAACGUGGUCAACGCCAACGCUCUCAUCCUGCUCUGUGUCGCUGUCUUCUUCCAUGGGUUUUAUGCUUAAAGGGGCUAUUAAUUUAUUUGAAUG